CGAACCCCAGCAUGGAGACGUCGUCCGCUGCUCAAAACGAUGCGCAGGAUUCUUGUUUCCCCCUUGCGCAGACAGUGCCGAAUGUUGCCAGGAGUCCCGGACGUGGUCUCCUUCACCGCGUCCGCGAACUGAAUGCCAGGUCGUUCAAGGCACGAGCAAACGUACCCACCUAUGUUUGGUGUGCCAUCUUCACCGCGUUAGGUGGAUUCUGCUUUGGCUUCGACACGGGCAGUAUCGGUCCUUUGAUUGUCAUGCCCCAGUUCCAGCAACAUUUCUUUCGGGACGAGGCCAUCGACCCGACCGUCCAAGGUCUAGUUGUCUCCUCGAUCCUCUUGACUGCAUCUCUGUCGUCCUUGCUUUCUGGGCCAUUGUCCAACAGGAUCUCGCGUAUCCGUACCAUCUCGCUCGGGGCAGUCGUAUUUGCUGCUGGUAGUGCCAUCGCCUGUGCCUCCGGACAUUUGCCCCAGCUGUUUGUCGGCCGCUGUAUCGCUGGCGUUGGUGAAGGGAUCUUCCUUUCCGCCAUCACAGUGUACACUGUUGAGAUCUCACCAACAUCAUCUCGAGGCAGACUUGGGGCUGUCGUGCAGCUUUUCAUCACCAUCGGUAUUGCUUCCGGCUUUUUCGUCUGCUAUGGCACUUCUCGUAUCCAUUCUUCACUCUCCUGGCGCUUCCCCUUAGGCAUGCAGUCCAUAGUCUCCAUCAUCCUGGCCGCUGGGUGCCCCUUCCUGCCCCACUCUCCUCGUUGGCUGCACCACGUAGGGCGUCAUGGCGAGGCUCGCACUGCGUGGGAGCGCCUCGGUGUCAGCGCUGCCGAAGUCGAAAAGACGGAGCAGGCCACACAGAGGGAGGAAGUACCGAGGGAAGGCUUCUGGAAGGAGAUGAAUCAAAUGUGGAGGAAAGGCAUUCGAGCCCGCACUGCACUUGGUGUCUUCUUGUCUGGGAUGCAACAGGCGUCUGGGAUCGACGGUGUGCUCUACUACGCUCCAAUCUUGUUUUCACAAGCUGGUCUGUCCAGCACCACUUCAUCAUUUAUCGCCUCCGGUAUUUCUGGUCUUGUGCUCAUGAUUUGCACUUUUUUGUGUCAAUUCUUUACCGACACCUGGGGGCGCAGACCAUCCAUGAUCUACGGCGGAUCCGUCGUCGCCGGCUCUAUGCUUACCAUUGGGAUGUUGUAUGCAUCUGGCGCCACUGACCACGCUAGUGGACGAUGGGCCGUCAUUGCCCUCAUCUACAUAUUCGUCAUCGUAUUCACCUGCACCUGGGCGAUCUGCGUCCGCAUCAUCUGCAGCGAAAUUCAGCCAACCCGAACCCGCGCUGCUGUUAGCAGCCUCGGGCAGUGCGCUAACUGGGGUGUCAACUGGCUCAUCGCUUUCUCAACGCCUCUCUUCCUUGCGAAAUCUUCUUCAGGCCCAUACUUCCUCUUCGGCGCUUGCUCCUUGCUCACGACUCUCGUCUGUCUUGCCUUCCAGCCCGAGACACGUGGCGCAUCCCUCGAAGAGGUCGACGAGGCGUUCACACAACCUCCGUGGAAGAGCCUCCUGGGGAGCACGUCAUUGUUUGGACGCCGCCACCGACGUGGUGAGUCCGGCCAGAGACAGCCGAGCGAGAACGAGGAUGAGCUCGAGCUGGAUGUCAUCCACCUUCCUGAGGUUAGGUUUGGUGGUCCGUGGCAUUACGCGCACAGAUUAACAGAUGAUAGGCUCGCCAGGCUCUUGCAAGUUCCGGAAUAUCUAGCCGCGCGGGACUCGGAGGCACACAGAUCGACCACACAGAAUGUGCAAAGUGACUGAGCGUAUAUACAGAGCUGAUUACUGCAUGUAGAUUGUUUGAAAGGUGCUGAGGACCAGAGAUUUGCUGCUUCC